GUCCGGGCGGGCGGGUUUUGCGUCGGCCCAAUGGGAGCGGCGCGCCGGCCUCCCCUUUAAGGAAUGUUGUGACCUGACGUCACCCGGGCGAGUUACCUCCCCGAGCCACCGCCGCCAGGCUCAGCUCACAGCCCCGGAGCCCUUGAGCGCGAGGCGCGGAGCCCCCGAACCUCAGACAGAGCCCCAAGCCGCGCGCCCCGGAGCCCCGGCCUGCGCGCCCCGCCGGGCCCGCGCGAUGCCCUCGGACCGGCCUUUCAAGCAGCGGCGGACCUUCGCCGACCGCUGUAAGGAGGUGCAGCAGAUCCGCGACCAGCACCCUAGCAAGAUCCCGGUGAUCAUCGAGCGCUACAAGGGUGAGAAGCAGCUGCCGGUUCUGGACAAGACCAAGUUCCUGGUCCCAGACCAUGUCAACAUGAGCGAGUUGGUCAAGAUCAUCCGGCGCCGCCUGCAGCUGAACCCCACGCAGGCCUUCUUCCUGCUGGUGAACCAGCACAGCAUGGUGAGCGUGUCCACACCCAUUGCGGACAUCUAUGAGCAGGAGAAGGACGACGAUGGCUUCCUCUACAUGGUCUACGCCUCCCAGGAAACCUUCGGCUUCUGAGCCAGCAGUAGGGGGGUGGUGUUUGGCCUGGGCGUGGGGGAGGGGGAGGGCCCUGUCAGGCUCUGCCCAGGGAGCUCCUGGCUCCUGAACUGAACUGCCUCUGCCCGAGAUGAGCUAGGCAGGGAUGCUGCCCCCCCCUAGCCAGGGGGCACCAACCACACCUACACUGCCCCUGGGUGGAUCCUGGGCCAUUGUUAGGGUUGCCCUGGGUGCUGGCUGGGAUGGGGGAGGGUAGGGAACAGCCCCCAGCACCCCUGCUCGGUGUGAUUUGUCUUUUUUUUAGGCCCCUGCCCAUCUGCCCCUCCCUCACCUGAGGCGCUGCCCCCCCCCCGGACCUGCCCACCCCUGAAGGACUGGCCCCUGGCUCACCUGGUCUUGACAUGGUGUAUGGAUCUGUGGUCAUUGUCCCUCUGCAGAAUAAAGAUUGCUCAGGCCUGCCUGGC